AGAAAACCGAUACAUCGAACAAGAAGCGGAAGUCCUGUGAGGAGAAAACAUUUGUUAGAAGUUAGUUAGCUAGCUAGCUAGCUGGUAUCAACUUAUUUCACAUUAGAAAAGGCGGAAAAUCGCUGAUUUACUGGAAGAUUAAUUUGGCUUUGCACUUUGAUUAGUUAGUCCUUUUGGACUAACUCCAGUUUAUUUGCAGGAGGACAAAGCAAAAGGCAGCCGGGAUGGAUCCAGCUCUGCUUAGAGAGCGUGAGCUGUUCCAAAAGAGAGCUCUUUCCACGCCCGCUGUAGAAAAGCGGCCAGCCGCAUCAGAAUCUGGAUCUCACAAGAAGAAGAAACCCAAAGUAGAUAAGGAGAGCUCCUCUGGAUCCAAAAACAGCUCUGAAUCUGCAAAUGGAAGCAUUAACAGCAAGGCAAGCGCUGGGUACAAGUUUGGCUGCCUGGCCAAGAUUGUCAACUACAUGAAGACGAGGCAUCAGAAUGGCGACACCCACUUCCUGACCCUUGAUGAGAUACUGGAUGAGACCAAACUUCUUGACAUCAGUCUGAAACAGAAACAAUGGCUAAUGACUGAGGCCUUGGUCAACAACCCAAAAAUUGAGGUUCGUGACGGAACGUAUGGCUUUAAGCCCAAAUACAACCUAAAGGACAAGAAAGCUUUAUUGAGGCUGCUGGACAAACACGACCAGCUGGGGCUGGGGGGAGUGCUGCUGGACGAUGUGGAAGAGGGACUCCCUAAUUCUGCUAAGGCUAUCAAGGCUUUGGGGGAUCAGAUUGUAUUUGUAACGAGACCAGACAAGAAAAAGAUCUUGUUCUACAACGACAAGCAUUGCCAGUUUGUAGUAGAUGAAGAAUUUCAGAAGCUGUGGAGGAGUGUGCCAGUGGACUCCAUAGAUGAAGAGAAAAUCGAAGAGUACUUGAAAAAACAGGGCAUCUCUUCCAUGCAAGAGACUGGACCAAAGAAAGUGAUGCCAGUUCAAAAGAGAAAGAAGCAAAGUGGUCAGAGGAAGAGACAAUUCAAAACCCAUAACAACCAUCUGGCAGGAGUUCUGGAGGACUACACGGAUGGUGUGCCGGCAAAGAAGUGAAACCGCUCACUAUAAUCCGAGGUGGCAGGAGAUGAAGCCGCUGGCUAUACAAUACCGACUUUGUUGUGGUUCUGUCAAAAAAAAAAAAA